CGAAACCGCCCUCCCGCUCUCUGCCGCGUUGGUCGGUUGGGCCCAAUCCUCUUGGUGGGCCGCGGCUUGAUAGGCUCCACUGCGGGUGAAGCCCAAGACGAACACGAGACGCGGCUGUCUCGAGCUCUCAUGGCCACGCCGUCGAUGCCAGCGCCGGCGGCCGAGGCGGCGGCGGCGGCGACUACGGCGACGGCGAACUCCAUGCCUCUCGCUCCGCCGCAGCCGCCGUCCUCGGGGGCGCCGUUCUCCCAGCCCCCCUCGACGGCAGGCACCGUCAAGACGGAGGCCCCUCCGCCGCCAUCCACCUCGGCUUCCUCAGCCGCCUCCGCCGCCGCCCCCGCCCCUGCCGCCGCCGCCGCCGCCGCCGCGGCCGAGGAGUCGCCCUGCACCAUCACCAUCCCGAGCUAUUCAGCGUGGUUCUCCUACGACUCCAUCCACGAGACCGAGCGCCGCCUCAUGCCGGAGUUCUUCGAAGGGGAGGCGGCGGCGGCGUCCGGGUCCAGGGGCCCGGAGGCUUACAAGUACUACCGUGACACCCUCGUGAGGAGGUUCCGGGCGCGGCCGGGGCGGCGGCUGACGCUCACCGAGGCCAGGCGUGGGCUCGUCGGAGAUGUCGGCUCCGUGCGUCGCGUGUUCGACUUCCUUGAGGAAUGGGGGCUGAUAAACUAUGGAGCUUCGCCGUCGGGAGCGAAGCAGGGGAGAGAUAAGAAAGAGGAGGCAGCGUUAUCGCAGUCCUCUUUGCCGAUUGGGGCAACAAUGCCCAGUAAGCUUUGCACCGGGUGCCGCACCGUGUGCGGGCUUGCUUAUUUCUCUUGUGAGAAGGCAGAUAUAAGCCUCUGUGCUAGAUGCUAUGUCCGUGCCAAUUACCGGCCAGGUCUUACUUCGGCAGACUUCAAGCGAAUUGAAAUUACUGAGGACGCAAAAUCAGAUUGGACAGAUAAAGAAACUCUUCACCUUCUUGAGGCCGUCCUGCAUUAUGGGGAAGACUGGAAAAAGGUUUCUCAUCAUGUUGGUAGUCGAUCAGAAAAGGACUGCAUUGCUAGAUUCACCCGAUUACCUUUUGGGGAACAGUUCAUGGGACCCAAGGAGGACAAAAUUCAGUUUGGGAAUGAUUGUGAUCUCAAUGAAGAAUCUGGAUCACAUAUCUCAAAACGACUACGCCUCACGCCACUGGCUGAUGCUAGCAAUCCAAUCAUGGCCCAGGUUGCGUUCUUGUCAGCCAUUGUUGGUUCAGAUGUUGCUGUAGCUGCAGGGCAAGCAGCUAUUUCUGCACAGUCCCAGGUUGAUAUAAGUGCCAGCGAGACUGAUUCUUCUAUCAACAUCAGCAAGGAAGAAGAAUCUUCUUGCACAAAUGGUCUUUCAGCCAAUGAUUUGCUCAAAGAGGCGUCUGCCAACGCACAAGUACAACUUGAAAAGGAACGGAAGGCUAUAGAGCAGUCUUUAUCUGACAUAGUGGGUGUUCAGAUGAAGGAAAUCCAGGAUAAAAUACGUCGUUUCGAGCAGAAGGAGCUGCUGAUGGAGAAAGAGAGGAAGCAACUCCACUGCUUGAAGGAAUUGCUCUUUUCUGAUCAGCUAGCUGUUGUGCAGCACCAACGCAGGCCCCCGGCUGUCACCACAGAGAGCAAGGACGAUGAGAAACCGAAGCCCGUUAUCAGCAUAAGUUGAUUCUAGCCGAGCUUCGUCAAUUGACAUGGCAUUAGUAUGAUACAAUGCAAUCCUGUGAUGUAGCCCGACUUUUUGACAGCUUUAGGUAGUAGAAUAUUCAAAAACUGUGAUUAGCUGUAGUAUGAUUGUAUGAAUGGUGUUUGAUUAAACUCUUUGCAGUCCAGCUAAUGAAAUGGUGUGUUCUUGUUGAGUUCGAA